UCCUCUAUACUCUGAUUGGUUCUUCCCUAGAUUAUGGAGCCCAGAAUGCAACUGUCUCCCGGACAGCGGAGAUCCAUUACUGAGGAAGUGCCAUCGCAAAACGGUACUAGACGCUAGAUUCAAGAUCCAAGAGACGGCCGUCUAGUUCCGGUGCGCCCGCUGUGUACGAGCGGGAACCCUAACAGCAACUGGCCACAACACUUCAGUCCUUUAAUUUAGCAGGAACGGCGCAUAGACUCACAAGGGUUUGUUAUGGUGUGCUGGGUUGCCAUGACGCCGGGCUGUCAUCUGGGCGCGCCGGGGGGCGUGCGGUGCACGUGUGGUGACGUCACUGACUCGGGAGACGGCGCCGGCGGCUUCCUGACGGGGGGAGACGAGGUUAUGUAAUAGAGGCUCUGCAUAUACUUCAGACUUUCUGUGAUUGCUCAAGCUCUUUUAACUUGGUGGUACGUCGUUAUUAAACCUUUCUCAGGAUCCUGACUGAUAACAAACUGUUUCAUAAAAGUAGUACUGUAAAAAACGCGACAUAUAAUGUUGAAAAUUCAAACAAAUGCAGACCUUGAUGAUGGGCCACACACUCUACGUUCUGAUCUACCUAGUAUGGAAUUUUCAACGAGCUCUAGGAGUUUUAUAACCAAUCCAUUGCAAAUCAGUCAGUCACCCACCAGAGGUUUUAUAGCAAAGAAACGCAAUACUCCAGAUAAUGAUUCAAUCUGUAUGUCUGAUAGCUGUGAAAGUGAAGGUUCACUUUGCACCUCAUUUUAUCAGGAAACACAUACCUUAAGUGAGAAAAAAAUUAAUCAACAGUGUCUUAUUCAUCCAGAGUCCAGAAGAAAAGAGGAGUUGCUAGCUUCAGAAGAAAAAUAUAGCGAUGUGCAAAUGAUUAAGCGAUCAACAGCCACAGAAGACUCCAAUAUAUCCUCUGGUACACAUAUCUGUCCUCUUCUAGAACAAUCAUCUUGUACAUCCUCUGAUCACGUCAACCCUUUGUCUACUCCAUCAACAAAUCCAGAAUUCAAUCCUUUGCUUUCAACCUCUUGUCAAACUCCUGUUUGUUCUGCUAUUACUGAUAUUCCUUCUGACUUGAAGUUCUACAGUUUUGUUAUACUGCAUGUUCCUGAAGAUCAGGAAGUAGCUAGUAGAGUGUGCCAUGUCCUACAGGAGCUUGUUUCUGGAGAAGGUACAACUUUUUGUGAGGGAUUUGAGACUCCAGGACUCAGUCCUAUCACAUGCCUUGAAGAUGCAGUGGAAAACUCUGCCUAUAUCAUCCUCCUGCUUACUAAUGGGUUUUUUUCCAAAUGGGGUCAAUUUCAGACCAAUGCAGUUCUCAUGAACUCGAUUGGAGAUGGAAACAAAUACGGCAGUGUUAUUCCUUUUUAUCCUACUUUAAAUAGUGCUGUUGUUAAACCACCUUUGUGCCUUAGAUCCCUAAGUUCAUUGAAUGAAGAUUCUCCUUCCUUUCAUCAUAAAGUGCGUAAAACAUUCAAAAAGGAUGUGAUUAAGAGGGAAUUAAAGCAAUGGGAAAUACAGCAGCGCGAUAAAUUGAUUAAAAAACAUGAGGAAGAGCUUUAUUAUCAGCUACAUGAUCGAAUGCAUUUGACACGGGAUAACAAAUUUCCACUACCCUUGUUCCAAGGACAGCCACAUAUAAUUCAGAUAAGCUAUGCAAAUAAUGUACAGAUCGGAAACCAAAACAGCAUGACAGUUGUACAGUCAGGAAACGGACCUUCGAUGGAAAUGAAUGGUGAGAGCUGCAUAGAAGGUGAUUUGGAAGCUCAAAGCUAACAAAACAAAAAAAAAAAUACAGUAAAAAUAAAUGUGCAAAAAAAAGACAGAGUGAGAAGAGAAUAAGGUUAACAUAACAAGACCAAAACUUUUUAGCUUCCCGUUUGGGAAAAAGUGAUUAUUAUUUUUUCAAAUGUUCUUUUUUUUUUUUUUUUUUUUUUUCAAAUGAAAUACUGAUUUAAUGAGGCAAAUUAAAAAUAAAAAAAGACAAAAUCA